ACAUCGGGUCUGAUAAAUGCGCUCGCGCUCACCUCUCCUGCACUCAGCCGCCGCAGCCGCUCUGACAGCCACUGUGGGCGCCUAACAGCUCAUCUUCAGCCGAGUUGGAGGGUCACGCUGGGAGCCGAGGAGCACCGCACGAUCGCGACGGAACCCGAAAGGCAAAGAUGUCCAACUACGUCUCCUCCGAGUGCCGCCGGGUCACCCCGUCUGCGCGCGGCAACAGGUUCGACACGGCGCACCGCAAGAAGGCCGCGGCGAACAUUUUCGAGAGCGUUAACCAAGACGCCCUGAUGAGGCUCUUCCAGAAAACCGGCGACAUGAAGGCGGAGGAGCGGGUGAGGAGCAUCUUCUCCUACACGCAGGACCCGGAGGAAACGGCCCGCGCGCUCAUGGCCCUGAAGCAGCGGAAGAAGGACAAGUUCCUGCAGAUCGUGGGCGUGCUGCGACAGCUGCUCAACGUGCGUUGACUCUGCGCCGCCAGUCGUUCACCGCCUGAAUCUCUAAUGCGGCUCACGAGUGAGCAGAACGUGAAAAGCCCCCCCCAACGUGAACGGGCCGCUGCCGGUGCCGCUCACCUGUCGCCCGGAGGGCGUCGAGCGGCGGCCGUCGCCUCGUGGACGGAGGCGGCGGAGUGCUGCGCGCCGCCCGGGACUGUGAAGGGCAAACGGGUCUCCACCGAGACUUGAUAUCGCGAAUGCAUUCCUGUGGAUGCGUGACUGUGAAGCUGCACCUGGUUCAGGUGCGCAUCGCUGCGUCGAUGCUGAUGCACAGCUGUUGUACAGCGUACGACUUUGCAAAGCCGAAGAACCUGUGAAAAUGACAGCCUGUCCUGAACACACGUCUCUCACCUUCACCUUGUUAUAGGAGCACUGUCUAGUGACGACUCGAGUGUUACUGUCACACAAAUACGGCACAAUGAUUUGCAUGUCGGUUUAUCUGUAUUAUAAAUAAAUUAUUGCAUUUUAUACGAA